AACGCGAUGCUAAAAUUAACCGUCAAUUCGCUACGCUUCCGGCCGUGUGGAGUGCGCUGGCGUAGCGCAACAGCACAACCAGCUGCUAAUAGUGCGGUGGAUCUAGAAUGGGAAAAUGCUCAACCGUUUGAAAACAUUCCAGCACCAUCGCUGUUGGGCUUCCUGAAAGAGUUCGGCCCAUUCGGUAAAUACAAGGAUGCGACGCUUUAUGAUAUCAACAAGCGACUGCGCGAGCUCCACGGACCGAUCAUGCGGAUGAAUGGUUCGUUUGGUCGAGAAGAUAUCGUGAUGACGUUCGUACCGGAAGAUUUUGAAAAGGUAUUACGUUCGGAGGGACAAUGGCCUCGGCGUACGGGGAUGGAUUCGUUUGUGUACUACCGCAAACAGCAACGACCCGAAUUCUUUCAGGGAUAUGGAGGACUUUUAGCUGAACAAGGAGAAGACUGGCACAAAAUGCGGACGAUCGUCAAUCCGAUCAUGAUGCAGCCAAAGAUCAUCAAGCUGUAUGUGGACAAAGUGGAUGAGGUGGCUCGAGAGUUUAUGGCUAUUGUCCACAGCCUACGAGAUGAAAAGCAUGAGCUGCCGGCCGACUUUAAUGAAUGGUUGAAUCGCUGGGCGCUGGAGACAAUGGGGGUGCUCGUGUUGGACACUCGACUCGGUGUGUUGAAUAAAGUACAGAGCCCCGAAGUCAGCAAGUUGAUCAGUCUGACCAAAGAUGCAGUAAGCUUGUUCUAUCAGCUAGACAUACUCCCAUCGGUUUGGCGGAAGGUGAAAACCCCUGCCUUUUACCGGUUGAUGCGUACGUUGGAUGAGCUGUAUCACAUGAUUGCCUCUAAAAUCGAAGAUGCGGUGAUAAGGAUGGAAAAGAAUCCGAAAGCCGAUUCAGACACCUUAAGCAUACUGGAGAAGCUGUUGAAGGUGGAUCGUAAGGCGGCCUUCAUCAUGUCCUUGGAUAGCUUAUUUGCAGGUGUCGAUACGACAUCGUCAGGAUCGACGGGAGUGCUCUACUGUCUUGCAAAGAACCCCGAGAAGCAGGACAAACUUCGUGCGGAACUGCGUCAGAUAAUGCCGGACAAGAACACACCUCUUACGCCUGAGCGUAUGAAAAACAUGCCAUACCUUAGGGCCUGCAUCAAGGAAGGGCUUCGAAUGUAUCCACCGACCUCCGGAAAUGGGCGAUGUGCUGGUAAAAACAUCGUACUCCAAGGAUACCGCAUUCCCAAAGGGAUUCUGAUAGGAAUGGGUCAGCUGGUACUGCAGCGCGAAGAAGGCUACUUUACACGACCCACCGAAUUCCUUCCGGAACGAUGGCUCAGUGGCGAGGCUGGAGCUGGUUGUCCGAGCGCAAAGGAGGUACACCCCUUCAUUUACAUGCCGUUCGGAUUUGGAGCUCGUUCGUGCGUUGGUCGACGGCUGGCGAUGCUGGAGAUGGAGAUUCUGAUUUCGCGAAUGGUGCGACAGUACGACAUCCGAUGGAAUUACGGCGAGCUGAAGUACCGAGCGACGUUGGUGAACAUUCCGUCGAACGACUUGAUGUUUGAACUGAAAGAUGUAUCCGAUUUAAGCGGCCCAGAAAUGUUGAUGCAGCGUAGUAUAAUUAGGUUCAGCGGUUGUGCCACUGUCAGGUGGCGAAGCGUUCACGCUCAAACGCAGCCGAACAGUGGAGAGAAUGUGAUCGAUCCGGAAUGGGCCACGGCAAAGCCGUACAAAUGCAUUCCGGGGCCUAGCAUGUGGCAGCUGUUUACCGGUUUUUCAAAGGGUGGACGUUACGCUGGACUAGACUUGAUUGAGCUGCACUAUCGUUUGCGUGACGAAUUUGGAGAUCUCUACCGUAUACCUGGAAUGAUGGGUCGGCCCGAUGUCAUUAUGAGCUUCUCGCCGGAAGACUUUGAGAAGAUAUUCCGAACGGAAGGAAACUUGCCGAUACGGCGCAGCUUCGACACGAUGACGUACUAUCGGCAGAAGAUUCGCCCCGAAGUAUUCGGCGAGAUGGGUGGAUUGGUGACUUCGCAGGGCGAACUGUGGCAAAAGAUGCGCAGCAUUUCCAAUCCCGUACUGAUGCAACCAAAGAUGGUGAAGGUGUAUCUUGAGCAGGUGGAUGAGGUGUCGCGUGAAUUUAUGACGAUCAUGGCUAGGCUGCGUGAUGAUAAGCAGGAGCUACCGGCUGACUUUAACGAAUGGAUUAGCCGUUGGGCACUGGAAACGACCGGUGUGCUGGCGCUGGACUCGAGGCUAGGCGUGAUGCAUACAAAGGAUUCCGUGGAAGGGCAAAGGCUAGUGGAAGUUGUGGAUGAAAUCUUCCAACUAACCUACCAACUGGAUGUGUUACCUUCUGUGUGGAAAUACUACAAAACUCCCAGCUUUAAAAGGCUAAUGAUAUUGUUUGAUGAACUUACUGAUAUAAUAAUGCAAAAAAUCGAUGAGGCAAUGGAACGGUUCGAGAAGAAUCCACCAUCUGAGGAUAAUCAGAGUGUCUUGAAGAAACUGUUGAAGAUAAACAAACACGUCGCGGUGAUCAUGGCACUAGAUAUGAUAUUUGCUGGAAUUGACACGACUUCGUCAGGUUCCGUUGCCAUAUUGUACUGUCUGGCCAAACAUCCCGACAAGCAGGCAAGACUGCGCGAAGAGCUUCGGACGAUAAUGCCGUCCAGAGAUACCCCACUGACGGCAAGCACGAUGAGCAAUUUGCCAUAUCUGCGGGCUUGCAUCAAGGAGGGAAUGCGAUUGUUCCCCCCUACAGCGGGUAACUUCCGAGCCACGGGACGCGACAUGGUGCUGCAGGGCUAUCGCAUUCCAAAGGAUACGGACGUUGCAAUGGGUACACUAGUCCUGAUGCGCGAUGAAAAAUACUUUGUGCGCUCGAAGGACUUUCUGCCGGAACGGUGGCUUGCGGAUCGCGAUGCCGACAUACCGAGCGCCAAGGACGUGAAUCCGUUCAUUUUUCUACCAUUCGGGUUUGGUUCGCGCAGCUGCAUAGGGAAGAGGUUAGCUAUGAUGGAGAUGGAGGUAGUUCUGGCCCGACUGGUAAGACAGUUUGAUUUUCGAUGGAAUUACGAAGAUUACAAAGUUCGUACCACGGUCAUAAACCUGCCGGGUAGUCCACUACGUUUCGAGGUGAGAGAUGUGGAUUCCUAACGAAAUUGUACGCUGAUCUCGGUAAUUUAUUUGAAACAAUCUAAUUUAUCAAGCGAAAUAUACACAACAAAUC